AUGCCGCUGUGGAUUUGCAAAGGAAGCAAACGCGCCUCUCUCGUCUCUAUCACCCAACGUGUGUAUCCAAGUUGGAAACGCCCCUGCAUCUGAAUCCACUGGCACCGGCCCCGUCCAUCGCCUCCGCUUCACCUGAACGCCGCCCACCGAGGCAUGAUGUGCCCCAGCCCCGUGCUUAGAGCUCAGGAACAAUCGAGCUCCAGCGAGGAGGAGAAGCACGGUGGCGAGCCAGACCUGAUGUGGCUGGCCAACCUCACGGGCGCCCACAUCGGCUUGGCCCCGAUCUCGCAGGACCCCGACGAUCGCUGCAGCAUCUGGGAGAAUCUGGUGAGCCUGGUGGACUUCCAGUGCUCAGGCUUUCCCCUGACCUCUGAGGAGCUCUGCCACUACAUCGACAUCCCCUGCUCGCCCGCGUCCUCCACGGCCAGCACGAGCGCGGUGACCGCGACCCCGCCGCGGUCCCCUUCGCUCCCAGGGAGCAUCGACUACAAGAACAACGCGCACCUCAAGCCGCCCUACUCCUACGCCACCCUCAUCUGCAUGGCCAUGGAAGCCAGCAAGGAGCCCAAACUCACCCUGGCAGACAUCUGCAAGUGGAUCAGGGACAACUUCUGCUAUUUCCGCCAUGCUCAUCCCACCUGGCAGAACUCCAUCCGGCACAACCUGUGCAUCAACAAGCGCUUCAUCAAGGUGCCCCGGCAGAAGGGGGAGCCAGGCAGAGGCGCCUUUUGGAAGCUUCACCCCCAGUAUGCCAAGUGGCUCAAGAGCAGCACCUUCAAAGGGCGUGGGACACCUCUGGAGCGCACCCCGGCAGCCUCCAGCAGAAGAACCCAGCAAGAAGCCCAGCGUGGCCCCAGCCCGGUCACUCUGAGCAGCUCCCAGAGCGGCCUCGAGGUGGGUGAGGAGCUGCAGCGGCUGCUCCGAGAGUUUGAAGAGUUUGAAAGCAGCCAGAGCUGGAAUCCUGCCGAGAGCCAAGCGGGGCAGCAGAACGAGCAGACCUGGCCCUGGCCGCCGGCCGAGGCCUCUUGGCUCCCCAGCUGUGCCUCAGACACCCAGGAGGAGCUGGCUGAGCUGACGGAGCUGGCCGAGCUGACAGACCUGGCCGAGCUGACAGACCUGGCCGAGCUGACGGAGCUGAAGGGCAGCGAUGACUGGGAAGCUCUGCUCAACCUUCCCCUGGAGGAAGGAGAUUUCUCUAUCUUCGAGCAUCUGCAGCUCCCAGAUCCCAUCCAGCCUGGAACCAGGGCACAAGAGCAGGACCUGGGCUGGCCACAAGGGCAGCAACAAGUCCUUCCCAAGCCCAGCCCUACCAAGCAAGACUUAGAUGAAACCCUGAUGGCCACGGCUUUCCUGGAGGCCGCCUGGCACGAGGAGACAGGAGAGAACCUCUCCAGCUUCAUCCCCGUGGAGCAGGGGGCUGAAAACAUCCAGGCCUCUCUGCCCAGUGGGGAUGUCAUGGAUUGGGACUCUCUGGUCCACUUAGAUCUCGAUUAG